CAGCCUCCCUGCAAGCAGCACGCCCCCCCCCCCGGCCCCGAGCCGCGCCCUCGAGCCCCCGAGCCGAGAAAGCUUCUUGAGCCGAGGGCGGAUCCGAGCAUGGAUCCGGAUAGUCCGGCGCCAGUGGUGCUGCAGGCGACGGAGUGGUCGCCUUCGCCAGUCGUCGAAUGUGAGGUGCGCACGGAUAUGACGGAGUCUCUCGACUCCACCUCUGAGGCGACACCUCCGCGGAAACAGCGGUCGCGGGAGAUACCAGCGCCUAAGGCGCUGGACUCCGGCGAUCACGAGAGGGCCAGCCUCAGCAGCUUCGAGUUCAUCGACAAGUCCCGUCGAAAGAUCCGGCAAGCCGUGCGGGACACCAACGUUCGUAGCCUUUCCGAGGUCAAGUUGGCGCUGCUACGCCACCACAUCGGCGAGGUGUUGAACUCGCAGAAGUUCGACACCUUUCUGGGCCUCAUCAUCAUCGCCAACGCCGUCAAUAUUGGCAUAGACAUCUCGCUGCAGCAGGAGGGCAAAGACACCUGGAUACCCGGCUUGUUUGAGGACGUCUUCCUGGCCGUCUACACUGUGGAGCUGAUCAUGCGGCUCUUUGUGGACUGCCGUGGGGCCUUGCGGGACCCGUGGGUCCGCUUCGACCUCUUCUUGGUGUCCACGGGGGUUUUCAGCCAAUGGAUUCUCGAGGCCUUCUUCGUGUCCGUCUCCGAGGUCCACGUGCUGCUGAUGCUGCGCGUGGCGCGGCUGCUGCGCCUAGCCAAGACGGUGCGGUUCCUCAUGCGGUUCCGGGAGCUUUGGAUGCUGGUGCAAGGCUUGGCAAACUCUGCCUACACCAUGGUCUAUACCAUCCUUCUGCUGUUCGUCGUCCUGUACUGCUUCGCGUGCCUGAUCCUGCAGCUGCUCUACAAGCAUCCCAUGCUGGAGCAGGACGAGGCAUUUGCGACCACGGUGCGCGAGAACUUCAGUGACCUGCAGACUGCCAUGGUCACGCUCUUGCAGUUUGUGUCCUUCGACAACAUCGUUUUGGUUUACAAGCCGCUGGCGGAUCGCGAUCCGGUGCUACUGGUGUAUUUCAUCCUGGUGAUUCUGGUCGUGGGCAUCGUCAUCAUGAAUUUGGUGACCGCGGUGAUUGUGAACUCCAGCCUGGAGCAGGCGGCCAAGGACAAAAGCCUCCUGCAAUCCAUCGAAGAGCAGAACCGCAAGAAGGUGGUGGCAGAGCUGCGGUGUAUGUUCUAUCGCCUGGACCACGACUGCUCGGGGGAGGUGUCACGAGAGGAGAUCAGCCGCAUCGCGACCCAUGAAAAACAGAUCCUCCGGGACCUCACGGGUUUCGACGACCCCACGGAGCUCUUCGACGCCCUCGACCUGGACGAGAGCGGGGAGCUAGGCAUCGAGGAGUUCUGCGAUGGGCUCUGGCAGGUGGCAAUUUCGGACAGCCCGCUGGAGAUCAAGCGGAUGCAGAAGCAGGUUGAGCACAUCAAGCACCACCUGACAAAGUACAUGCACGACACGGACCAGAUCAAGGCCACCCUGAGAGAGCUGGUGGCCGUGACGCAGCGCAUGGAGUCAGGGGUGAACUCCAUCUCGGCGUCGCAGAUGCAUACGCCCAGAGAAAGCUUCCACGCGCCGAUGCCGGACGGCACGGGUAGCUACGCCACGGGCAGCUACAAUGUCAACAGCUUCCGGGUGGCGCCGCUGAUUCCGGAAGCAGGGCCGGUCAACAUGAAUCCGUCGCCCUCCCACCGAAGAAGAUCCAUCACCUCCAAGGCAGCGGACAUGGCGCGGGGGCUGCUGCGUCCCUGGGCAGGCUCCGGUGAGCGUGAAGAUGAAGAAGAGACGCCGCUUUGGGCGCAGCAUUUGGUGAGAGAGGUCCAGGAGCUCCGUUCCCUCACGGAGAACGUGGUGAUCUCCUCGUUGGCGGAGGUGAUGCCGCGCACCUCCGGGGAGGAGCGCAGGCGCCGGAUGUCGCAGACUUCCUCACGGCCCUCGGGGAAUAGACAGAGGUCCUUUGAGGAGGAGGAGCAGGAGGAGGUGCGACCGGCGAACUUGGACUUGGAAGCCGACUUAGCUGCCGCGGAUCGGUCCACGGGGCCUCCGGAGCGGCGGCUUUUACGGAACCGGGAAGCCUCGCACAGGCCGGACCCGCCAGACAAAGAGGCUUCGGAGCGCAGGGUGGUCCCAGUCUGAGGCAACUUUUGACAGAUUCGCGCCAGCUGGGGUGAGCCGCGCGUCGGCCGUCGGCUUUCCAAGCGGUGGCCUCGAA